AUGCAAGCAGCACACUGGGGGGUUUUGCUGCAGCAGCAGCUGCUGUUGCACCCCCUGAGAGGCCCUUUCUCCCGCCUAUCCGCUGCUGCUGCUGCUGGUGCUGCUGCUGCUGCUGGUGCUGCUGCUGCUGCUGCUGGGCGUCGGGGGGCGGCUGACUGCUGCUGCCACCGCUACAGCCGCAGCAGCAGCAGCAGCAGCAUUUCCACUGUGCCGCUUUUGGCUGCGCCUUUGCUGCAGCAGCAGCGAACACCAGCAACGCUACAUUCUAACGCAGCAGCAGCAGCGGCAGCAGCAACAGCAGCAGACGCAGAAGCUGCAGAAACACCUGCUCCUACAGCCCCAGCAGACACAGCAGCAGCAGCGGCAGCAGCACGGGAAACCUCUGCGGGUCUCUCUCUUGAAGGCUCAUCAGCAGCAGAAGGGGCUGGAGCAGCAGCGCGAGAACCAGCAGCAGCAGCGGGCGCAGGAGCAGCAGCAGCAGCAGCAGGAGCAGCAGCAGCAGCAACAGGAGCAGCAGCAGAUUUGGUCGGUUUGCUGCACUCCGAAGAUGUUGAAUACCCUGGGAGACCCCCCCCUCCCUUUUGUGACUUCUUGUGGGUCAAGGCGAAGGGGGGCAGGGGGGGGGCCCCCAAAGAAGGGGCCUUCAGGUCGCGGGCGCUGGGCAAGGGCCCUGGCUACGGCGGCCACGGCGGCUCUGUGCUGCUGCGCU